AUGGGUAGAAAUGAUCUGAUCGAAGAGCAAACUUUACCGUACUACCAUCAGAAGCGAUACUAUCCAGUCCGCAUCGGUGACACCUUCAAGGAUCAGUAUCGAAUCAUUGCUAAGCUUGGCUACGGCGCGUAUUCCCCCGUGUGGCCCGCUUGGGAUGAAGGGUUUCUGGGCACGAAACCCCAACAUUGGCCCUUCAUCGGCCCACACCAGAAGGCCGGCAGCCACGCGACAAUCAGCUUAGGCAUCAGGUGCCCAGUCACACAACUCACGCAGCUCCUUCAUCGACCCCCUUUGCACCCGCCCACCUCCGCUGCCGAAAAGCUUGAUGUGAUAAUGGCGCGCGGCCUCCGGUCAUCCGCGCUGCUAGGCAUCUGGGCCGUGGCAUUAGCUGCCUGGGGCAUCAACACGACUGCAUUCUCCUCCGGAGUGAACAAGAAACCAAUCUUUGGUUUUUGGGCUCGUCGCAGCGAAAGUCUCCCUGGCCUCCAUACUGCUGACGCAGCCGAGUGCGCAUGAGGUGGUUGGUAGAGUCUAAUACUACCGGCAGUGUUCGUGCUUGCAGUGUCAGCCUGACCACCGCUGCAGGCUCUAUCCUUCCAUUUCUAGCACCGUGCCUACCUAUUUGAAUGUUGACUCAAUCCUAUUUAGUAACUACCUACCGUUGACUCAGUUUCCACUACAUCGGUCCAGUCAGUUCGCUCAAAUCACCCAUCCUUAACAACUUUGAG